UUUCUCACGCAACAGCAUAAACUUGAUAAAACACUCUUUCUCUCUUUCUCGCGCUAGAGUCUAAUACCGAGGGAAAUAUCAAUCAGAAUUCAGAACCAGAGAUAGAUAGAAAAAACCAUAAAACAAAGAAUAGAGAACGAAAACAGAAACGGUGCCUGCCCCCACCUCUCUCCUCUCUCUAUUCACGAUGAAGCCGAGCGUAUCGGAAAUAGCAUCGUCAUCGUCUCAAUCACCGUCCAUCUCUUCUGUCUCCGACCCACCACAACACCCUGCGGCGGUUUCAUCGUCAUCAUCGAUGGCAUCGGAGAAGACGACUGUGUCGGUAUCGAUAACCGCGGCGGAAGAGCCGGUGGGGUCCAGAGAGGGUGGUGGACAGGAAUCGGUAACCGUCGAACGACGGGGGGAUCACUCGGCCGUCUGCCGGUGGACGGUCGCCAAUUUUCCAAGGGUGAAAGCUAGGGCACUCUGGAGCCGGUACUUCGAGGUGGGUGGUUACGACUGUCGCCUCCUCAUCUACCCCAAAGGUGACUCCCAAGCCCUUCCAGGCUACUUCUCAAUCUAUCUCCAAAUCAUGGAUCCUCGCGGCUCAUCGUCGUCGAAAUGGGACUGUUUCGCCAGCUACCGCCUCUCCAUCGUGAAUCACGUCGACGAGUCCAAGUCCAUCCAGAGAGACUCCUGGCAUCGGUUUUCCAGCAAGAAGAAAUCGCACGGCUGGUGCGACUUCACCCCUUCUUCCACAAUUCUCGAUCCCAAAGCUGGGUUCCUCUUCAAUAACGACUCUGUUCUCAUCACUGCCGAUAUUCUGGUCUUGAAUGAAUCAAUAUCCUUCUCUCGAGAUAACAAUGAGUUACAGUCUUCGUCCUCUUCAUCUUCCUCCGUCGUCAUUGCAAGUCCCAUAGCGGAUGUUUUGAGUGGGAAGUUCACUUGGAAGGUUCAUAACUUUAGCUUGUUCAAGGAGAUGAUCAAGACGCAGAAGAUAAUGAGCCCUGUUUUCCCUGCCGGCGAAUGCAAUCUUCGGAUUAGUGUUUAUCAGAGCUCAGUAAAUGGGGUUGAGUAUAUGUCAAUGUGUUUGGAGAGUAAGGACACCGAGAAGUCGGUGAUUUCCGACCGGAGCUGCUGGUGUUUGUUCCGAAUGUCAGUAUUGAACCAGAAACCUGGGUUUAAUCACAUGCACAGGGACUCUUAUGGGCGGUUUGCAGCUGAUAACAAGAGUGGGGAUAACACCAGUCUUGGGUGGAAUGAUUACAUGAAGAUGUCGGACUUUAUUGGAUCGGAUACAGGGUUUCUUGUCGAUGAUACUGCUGUUUUCAGUGCUUCGUUCCACGUGAUUAAGGAAUCUAGUAGCUUCUCCAAGAAUGGGGGGUUGCUUGGAGGGAGGAGUGGUGGUGGGGCAAGGAAGUCUGAUGGGCAUAUGGGGAAGUUCACUUGGAGGAUUGAUAACUUCACGAGGCUGAAAGACCUUUUGAAGAAGAGGAAGAUCACGGGACUGUGUGUCAAGAGCAGGAGAUUUCAGAUUGGUAAUCGGGAUUGUCGCCUCAUUGUCUAUCCCAGGGGACAGUCUCAGCCACCAUGCCACCUUUCUGUAUUUCUUGAAGUUACGGAUUCUCGAAACACUGCCAGCGAUUGGAGUUGUUUUGUGAGUCAUAGGUUGUCAGUUGUGAACCAGAGGAUGGAGGAGAAGUCUGUUACAAAGGAGUCUCAGAACCGGUACUCCAAGGCUGCAAAGGACUGGGGCUGGCGUGAGUUUAUCACGCUUACUAGUCUCUUUGAUCAGGAUUCUGGGUUUCUUGUUCAGGAUACUGUUGUGUUCUCGGCAGAGGUUCUUAUCUUGAAGGAGACAUCUAUAAUGCAGGAUUUCACUGAUCAAGAUAUGGAGUCUAGUAAUGCAGGUACUCAAAUUGAUGGAGCUGGAAAAAUAGGGUCAUUUACAUGGAAGGUGGAGAACUUCUUGUCCUUCAAAGAAAUAAUGGAAACCCGAAAAAUCUUUAGCAAAUUUUUUCAAGCUGGUGGAUGUGAACUUCGGAUUGGUGUUUACGAGUCUUUUGACACCAUAUGUAUAUAUCUGGAGAGUGAUCAAUCAGUUGGAAGUGAUCCUGAUAAGAAUUUUUGGGUCAGAUACAGGAUGGCAGUGGUGAAUCAGAAGAAUCCUGCUAAAACUGUGUGGAAAGAGUCCUCUAUUUGUACGAAAACAUGGAAUAAUUCCGUCCUCCAAUUCAUGAAGGUUUCUGAUAUGCUGGAAGCAGAUGCAGGAUUUCUUGUACGUGAUACAGUUGUUUUUGUUUGCGAGAUCAUUGAUUGUUGCCCUUGGUUUGAGUUUUCAGACCUGGAGGUUUUGGCUUCUGAGGAUGAUCAGGAUGCAUUGUCAACAGAUCCUGAUGAACUUAUUGAUUCCGAGGACAGUGAAGGGAUAAGCGGAGAUGAAGAAGACAUAUUCAGGAACCUUCUUGCAAGAGCUGGAUUUCACCUUACUUAUGGAGAUAAUCCUUCACAGCCACAGGUUACUUUAAGGGAAAAGCUUCUGAUGGAUGCAGGUGCAAUAGCUGGUUUUCUUACUGGGCUUCGUGUUUAUCUUGAUGACCCAGCUAAAGUAAAGCGCUUGCUUCUCCCAACCAAACUUAGUAGUAACGACGGGAAGAAGGAGGUCACACGAACCGAUGAAUCUUCCCCCAGUCUGAUGAAUUUGUUAAUGGGAGUUAAAGUCUUGCAGCAGGCUAUCAUUGACUUACUUUUAGAUAUAAUGGUUGAGUGCUGCCAACCUUCAGAAGGAAGAUCCGGUGAUGAUUCUUCUGAUACAAGCUCAAAACUUUCUCCAGAUAACAAUGGAGCCAUCAGUCCACUGGAAUCUGGUACAGAAAAUGGGGUUGCAGAAUUUGUACAAUCCCCUCUAAAUGAGAGACUGGAUUCCGGGGCAGAAAGUACUAAUACAUAUGCUGUACAAAGUUCGGAUAUGAAUAAAAAUAACAUGCCUGAAAAGGCAGUUCCUGGGGAGCCUAUUUCUCCUCCAGAGACAACUGCAGGAGGUCUUUCUGUGGACAAUGGUUUCAUCCGAUCUCCCAAGGUUGAGCAAAUUUCUUUUCAGACAAAGUGGCCAGAACAGUCAGAAGAGCUUUUGGGAUUAAUUGUUAAUUCAUUGAGAGCCCUUGAUGGUGCUGUUCCACAAGGUUGUCCGGAGCCUAGGAGAAGGCCUCAGUCUGCACAAAAGAUUGCUCUUGUAUUGGAUAAAGCUCCUAAACAUCUGCAACCGGAUCUUGUUGCCUUGGUGCCCAAAUUGGUUGACCAUUCAGAGCAUCCACUUGCCGCUUGUGCACUUCUAGAUCGACUUCAAAAGCCAGAUGCUGAACCUGCACUCCGAUUGCCUGUUUUGGGAGCUCUUAGUCAAUUGGAGUUUGGUAGUGAAGUGUGGGAACGUGUCCUAUUUCAAGCUUUCAGACUAUUGACAGAUUCAAAUGAUGAACCACUUGCAGCAACUAUUAGUUUUAUACUGAAAGCAGCAUCCCAGUGUCAGCAUAUUCCUCAAGCUGUAAGAGCUAUUCGCACCCAGCUUAAAAGUUUAGGGGCUGAAGUUUCAUAUUGUGUCCUGGAUGUUUUAACCAAAACUGUGAAUGGCUGGGUUGAUGUUGCUGAAGCAAUGUUGAGAGAUAUUGACUCUGACAGUGAGCUUGAUGGCAAUUGCUUGACAACACCUUGUGGGCUUUUCAUGUAUGAUGAAAACAGACUCACUGCUGAAAAGUUGCAUGCAGUAGAUGAGCAGGUUCUAUGUUUGGGCCGUUGUUUUUCUGAUAUCUAUAUUCUAAUAGAGAUGUUAUCCAUACCAUGUAUUGCUGUUGAGGCAUCCCAAGUUUUUGAAAGAGCUGUAGCUCGAGGAGCCAUUGUGGAUCAAUCAGUAGCCAUUGUCUUGGAAAGGCGCCAUGCUCAAAGAGCUGGUAUUAAUUCAAGAUCCAUGGCUGAGAAUUUUUUACACAAAGACACUGUUGUGGAGGGAAAAACUGAUGAAUCAUUGCAGAGCCAAGAAGAUGAUUUUGCUUCUGUUCUUGGUCUUGCUGAAACAAUGGCUCUCUCUAGAGACCCCAGAGUGCAAGGAUUUGUGAGGAUGCUAUAUGCUAUAUUAUUUAAAUUUUAUGCUGAUGAGGGUUAUCGUGGGAGGAUGUUGAAAGGACUUGUUGACCAUGCUACCAGCAGUACAGAUAAUUGUCGUGAAGUAGAUUUAGAUCUGGAUAUUUUGGUUUUCUUGGUCCGUGAAGAACAAGGGAUUGUCAAGCCAGUUCUGAGCAUGCUACGGGAAGUUGCUGAACUUGCCAAUGUUGAUCGUGCAGCUCUCUGGCAUCAGUUAUGUGCUAGUGAAGAUGAAAAUAUUCGUGCUCGUGAGGCAAGACAAACUGAGCUUUCCAAUAUGAGUAAAGAGAAAGCUAUCCUAUCACAGAGGCUUAGUGAAUCUGAGGCAACCACUAACCGUCUCAAGGCUGAGAUGAAAGCCGAAAUGGACCGCUUUGCACGGGAAAGGAAGGAGCUUUCUGAACAGAUACAAGAUGUUGAGAGCCAACUUGAAUGGCUUCGUGCAGAACGAGAUGAUGAAGUUGCAAAGCUCUUGGCUGAGAAAAAAGCUCUUCAGGAUCGUCUUCAUGAAGCAGAGACACAACUUUCACAGUUAAAAUCUCGGAAACGUGAUGAGUUGAAGAGAGUGGUGAAGGAGAAAAAUGCUCUUGCUGAAAGGUUGAAGAGUGCAGAAGCAGCACGGAAAAGAUUUGAUGAAGAAUUGAAACGUUAUGCCACAGAGACCGUAACUAGAGAAGAAGUUCGACAGUCACUCGAGGAUGAGGUCCGAAGGUUGACUCAAACAGUUGGACAAACUGAAGGAGAAAAGAGAGAGAAGGAAGAACAGGUUGCUCGAUGUGAAGCAUAUAUUGAUGGGAUGGAAGCAAAAUUACAAACUUGCCAGCAAUAUAUCCAUACUCUUGAGGCUUCACUUCAGGAGGAAAUGUCAAGACAUGCUCCUCUCUAUGGUGUUGGCUUGGAAGCUCUGUCAAUGAAGGAGCUGGAGACUCUAUCCCGUAUCCAUGAAGAAGGGCUCCGGCAGAUCCAUGGACUCCAGCAGCGAAAAGAAAGUGCUGGUGGCAGUCCUCUUGUGAGUCCCCAUGCCCUGCCCCAUUCUCAUGGAUUAUACCCUACAGCACCAGCACCUAUGGCGGUUGGACUGCCUCCUUCACUCAUUCCAAAUGGCGUUGGGAUCCACAGCAAUGGGCACAUAAAUGGUGCAGUUGGACCCUGGUUCAACCCAAGCUAAGUUGAGGACCAGAGUCUCCUGUAAUUCUUUGUAAGUGACAAGGAUCGACAUUCAUCUGGUUGGCCUCUGUUAAAUCAGUUAGUUUAGUAAAAAUUUCAAUAUGAAGGAUUUUGUCAUUCUUAUGAUUUUUCAUUUGGGGUUUUCCUUCUUGAGUUGUCAUCUGUUGGCAUUUGAACUGGUAGGGCCAUUGGGUCGGAUCAUCUGUCAAAUAAAUAAGAGUAAAGAAAAUGCAUAGGAUUCAAGAGUAAAGGAGAAAAUGAUAGUUU